GACAUUGACGCCAAAUUCAGGGCAAUUAAUGAAAAAAUCAAAAAGGAAGCGCAAAUGCGGCAAGCUGCCGAGAGGGUUAAAUCUCAAACAACCAAUCCUCAGGUUCAAGCGCAAUGCGAACAAAAUAUUGUUGACGCCGCAAGGAAUAUUGAUUAUUUACAAAAAGAGUUAGAAAGACUGCAAAUAAGGCAACGUAAUAGUUUACAGUACCCUACACAACCUGGCCAGCACCAAGCUCAACAGAUAUCGCCUGGUGGAAAUUACUCACCAAUAUCGCCACAUCAUUCUUAUUCUUAUCCACAACCAAACCAACUACCUAAUUAUCCCAAUGCAACACCAGAGACUUAUGGUUCAUCGAUACCAGCCACACGAGGAUUAUCUAAUUUGGACCUUAUUAAAUCGGACGCUCCUUUUGCUCGUCAGAAAGUAACUCUGAAACUUCACGAACUCGAAUUCAAACUCGAUGUUGAACGAAGACUUAAGGAAGGUUCAGAGAAAAUGAGUGAUGCGGUUAUUUUACAAGAUCCAAAGAAUAAAAAAGGCAUUGCAGAAGUUCAGGUCCAAACAUUGGAGAGUAAAGAGAAGAUCUCUUUAUUAACAAGGUCGUUACAGAAAUAUAAAUCAUUGUACAUUGUAGAUGAAGACGAAGAUGAUGAAAUUGUACCACGACAGCGCCGUCCUGUGACAGGAAAACUGAAUAUCCGUGUACGUAGUGCACAGUAUUUAGCACAUGCACCUACUCGCACAUUAAAAUCUCCAGAAACCACUGUCGUCAUUAAAAUUGAUGGUGCGACAAAAGGCAAAACAAAGGCUUCGCGUAACGAUCGCUGGAAUGAAGAUUUUGAAAUUCAUGUAGAAAAAGCUAGUGAAAUUGAAAUUACUUUAUAUGAUAAACCUCAUGAACAUCCACAACCUAUUGGUCUUCUGUGGAUUAAAAUUUCUGAUAUUGCUGAAGAACUUAGGAAAAAAAGGAUUGAGGCUGAAAGUGGCCCGGGUUGGGUGUCCGCCUCUAAUCCUCAAUUUGAAAUGCAAUCUUCACCUACUUCUGCUGUAAACAAUGGUCCACCAUAUAGCAUACCUUAUUCUUCUGCUCAACCUCAAGAAGGUGCUGGAACAGCAGUUCUACCCGAUGGUAUUGAGGCAUGGUUUGACGUUGAACCAGUUGGUCAAAUAUUAUUAAAAUUAAAUUUUGCAAAAGAGAAUGCGGGCAAGCGUCCUGAUGCGGGUCUUGGCCGUCAAGGGGCUUUCCGUAAACGCAAGGGCGAAGUGCAUGAGCAGAACGGACACAAAUUCCUUCAACAAAUAUUCUAUCAGAUCAUGAAAUGCGCUUAUUGUGAAGAAUUAUUUGUGAACGAAGGAUAUCAAUGUGAUGAUUGUAAAUUGACUUGUCACAAGAGAUGUUACACUAAACUAGUGACGAAAUGUAUUACCAUGUCGCAUGCGGAAAUGGAUUCUGACUACAAGCAACUUAAUCAUCGUAUUCCACAUCGUUUCGAAGCUAUGACUAGUAUUAUUGCAAAUUGGUGUUGCCAUUGUGGUUAUAUUCUACCGAUAGGCAAGAAAGGAGCAAGGAAAUGUACUGAUUGUGGCAUUACUUGUCAUGCAAAAUGUGCGCAUCUGGUUCCUGAUUUCUGCGGGAUGAGCAUGAAACGUGCGA